AUGCUCCCGGCCGCCGCCGCCCCCGCCCCGCCGCCGCUGCUGUGGCCGCCGCCCGCGGAGCCCCCCGCCCCCUGGGCCUGGGUGCUGCCCGCGGCCGCGGGGCUGCUCCGGGUGGGCGCUGCCAACGCCGGGGUCCCCCCGCCCCCGCCGCUGCUGCUGCCGCCCCCCGCCCCCGCCGUGCUGCGGGGCUGGCGCGGCCCCGCAGAGCCGCUGCUGCCGCUGCUGCCCGCGACCACCGAGCCGCUGCUCCAGGGGCAGUGGAUAUUUGGAGCUCAUUCCCCGGUCAUAGGAUUUUCCCCUUCUUCGAGCGUGGAAUUUGUCCCUGUUUUCCCCCCCGUGUUCACGACUUCGGUUCCGCCUCACACUGGGAAAAGCUGGAUCGAUAAAAGGCUGCCCAACUGCAAAAUAUACUUGAACAAUGCAUUUGCUCUGGAUUCAGCCUGGAUACAUCCUGAGGAGUCCAGGCUGUUCCAGGGAGCUGAGAAACCUCUGCUGAUGACCAACCAAGUAGCUCUGGCUGUAGCCAGGCCAGCUGCUGCCUCCAGGCCACUGCCCACACUGGUGUUGGCACCUCAGCUGGUACCAGGUGGUUGCCAGAACAGCCUGAAGGCCAUGGGUGCCAACCAGACCCUGGCUCUGGCCACGGCGGCCGUGGUGUCGGUGGAGCCCGAGGCCCCCCAGCCCUGCCACCUCCUCACCUUCUCCCCACUCAAAAUCCCUCUGGUGGCUUCGCCCUUCCCAGGUUCUGGCUCCAGGCUGGAUGCCCACGUGGGUCCCUUGAUGCCAGCUCAAGUCACCCGCGUCACCGCGGUGUCCGCGCCGGCUGUGACGUUCAUGGCCACCAACCUCAUGGACCAGGCACUGACAGAUCAUGGCAAAGAAUCAAGCAGAUCCUCCUGCCCCCCGACCCUGAUCCUGCACACGGACAGGAAGAGUGUCCCUGUGGACAGUGACAGCGACAAGGGUCAUUCCUUUAAACUGGUGGCUGAGGGUGACAGCGCAGCCAAUGGCAAUAAGCCCGUGGCCUCCACCCCCGUGCCGGGGUCACCAUGGUGUGUGGUGUGGACUGGAGAUGACAGGGUGUUCUUCUUCAACCCCUCCAUGCAGCUCUCGGUGUGGGAGAAGCCGCUGGACCUGCGGCACCGCGGGGACAUCAACCGGCUGCUCGAGGACCCCCCGCACAAGCGCAAGCUGGAGGCUGCUCCAGCAGACAAGUGUGUUAGUUCUUGCCCAGGGGAUGAAAACGAUGAUCUCAACAUCAAAACUAAGAGAAAUAAAACAGAAGAUUCCCAAGCUGCUGGCCUGGAGAGGGCUGGAGUGGAGGAGAGGAAUGAGGAGACAUCUGCCCCCCAGAUCACCCCUCCCCUGGAGGAGAGGAUCACCCACUUCCGAGACAUGCUGCUGGAGAGGGGGGUUUCAGCAUUUUCUACGUGGGAGAAAGAAUUACACAAAAUAGUGUUUGACCCCCGGUACCUCCUGCUGAACUCAGAGGAGCGAAAGCAGAUCUUUGAGCAGUUUGUCAAGACCCGGAUCAGAGAGGAGUACAAAGAGAAGAAAAACAAACUGUUGUUGGCCAAAGAAGAAUUUAAAAAGCUUCUGGAAGAAUCCAAGUUGUCACCAAGGACAACAUUUAAGGAAUUCGCGGAGAAACACGGCCGAGACCAGCGGUUCCGCCUUGUCCAGAAGAAGAAGGACCAGGAGCAUUUUUUCAAUCAGUUCAUACUUAUUCUCAAAAAGAGGGACAAAGAAAACAGGAUAAGGCUACGGAAAAUGAGAUAAGAACUCCUGAAACUGGCAAUAAAGACACGAGGGAGCCCAGGCUGUGACCGCAGGGAGGAACUUGAAGGAGAAGGAGGUCAGGGUUCAGUGUUCAACAGCACGACAAUGAGUGGGUUUCCCAGGGAAAAAACUUGCUCUAAAUAGAGUUUCUUGACCAUCUCUGGGAUUUGUGAAGGCUGUUCUGCAGGAAUCUGAAGGAUAUUUUGUUCUCAAAGAAUUAAUGUUUCAUAUUGAAGCUCUCUUUUGUACAACAUCCAGAGUUUGAUGCAUUUCUAAUUGCCAUGAUAUGUCAAUCCCUUAAUUGUUUUAAUUAUGCAAAUUACUUGUAAUAUACACAAAUUAUGAAUCCAGUGCAGGUUUAUAAUUAAGCAGAAGCAGAUGCCAUCCAUAACCAUCUCAAGGUAUUUUCAUCAUUAGGGGAAUUAUCUCAAGCAACCUUUUGGCAACUUUCUGCAUUCCCAGUGUGUGGAGGUCUGGUGGUCACAGGAAUCCAUUCCCCACUGCUCAUACGUCUCUGUCCAGUCCUCUGAGUAGUAGUAAUCAGAUAUUAAUUGUUAAUAUUGGUGAAGAGUGUGAAAAUCUUGGCAUAUGUCCCAUAGGAAAACUCUCUCAGAACUUCCCACCCCCUGUGACCGGUGCUCCGGGCGGGCGAGAGCGACACUUCUCCCUCAACGUCCCCAAAACCAAGUUUUGUAAAGCCAUCCCCGUCUGGGUUCUGUUACUGUCUGUGAAAAGUCUGCAUGAGAUUUUUCUCAUCAUAUUUGUAUAAAUAAAUAUUUAACUUUUUUAAUUAA